GUUCGUCGGCUCCGGCGCAGAACACCACCAGAUCACCAGCCAUCCGAAGUCCAAGCCGGUCGUUGACUCCUCCGCGCGCGCGCGUCUUAUACUCUGCAGCUCGCUCGCGGUCGAAAACACCCGUCGUCGUCUCCGUCUCCGUCGCAACGGCAGCGACAACGGCAGCAGCAGCCGCCGUAAAGUUUUUGCGAAAAAAAUCUGAAAAAAACGCACGUACCGGCGUCGGCCGCGCGCGUGCUGUACACCGCGCGACAACUAUCCGCCGCGCCGGCCCCGAAACGGGAAACCCGCGGGAGCGCGCGACCGCACCGUACGCCACGGCCGUGCGUAGCGCAGUAGCGAUUGGUCGUCCGUCCGCCGCGCGCGUACGUACACGGGACAUGACCGCUACAGCACCGGCCGUCCUGCAGCCUGACCGCUCGUAACCGCGGCCGCUCGUGUAACCGCCGAGCCACACGCGCACCGGCCACGCUCUCGCCGUCCGUCGCACAGACGCGCCGCCGACACAGCAGCCGCAGCAGCAGCAGCAGCUCUAUCGUCACCGGCGCCGCACAGCCGCCGUCGUCGCACGUCGGAGUCUGAACGUCAGCCCGCGAUCGCCACCUGUGCACCAUGACCACCGCGGGCAAAGCCGUUUCCCGUCACAACCACUGGUCGUCGUCGUUCAAGUUACUACAUAUAAUUUAUAUACUAUCCCUGUAUAAGUAUACGAGGGCUGAACUUUGUGGCGGAAAUGGUGAAUCGCUAAAAUACUUGCGGGGUGACGCGCUCAUUGAUAAUUUGGAUUGCAUCGGUCCCAAUGGAAAACCGUAUCCAGAGUCAAUAGUAGCCGGAACGUAUAGACGCACUCACAACUGGGGAUCAUCGAGGACAGGACGCGACGCUUUUCAUUCUGACUCGAAACCCAGUCCCGAAACAGUACGGGAAACUCUACUAAAAACCUAUAAAUUUAAUAACCACAAUGAAGAUUACACGAUUAGUAGAACUGCCCGAGAGUAUGGAUCGACACCAGCUGCCAACCGUGAACUAUGCCAAACGCCGAACAGGCUGUGCCGCACCAGAUACAACACGACUGCGCCCAUGUACGGCGUGUCGCUGACGUCUGGCCAACCCGUGACUAUCGUUCAAAAAUUUCCGGAUCUGUUACAACAAGUCGUUUAUGAAGUUUGCGAGUCAAACGAGUGCGACAUGGUCAGAGGAGAGUGUACGCAAACGUAUGUACCGUACUUGUUCCUGGUAAUACCUUUGGGACCGGUGACGCUGACCGGCCAAGAUUACGUGCUCGUGGAAAGCGGAUGCGUGUGCAAACCGAAGGGGUCCAGGUCCACCGCACACGAACUGGUGUCUACUAUUCCGGCGAUGCCUCGUCCGUAGGAUGCGUCUACGCGUACAAAGGAUAACAGCGGUAUAAAAGUCAUCGUAUCGAAGGAACACACCUCGCCGUCUAUACUACAUUUAUCAUAUUAUAUCAUACUGUUGUCGUGAACGAUAUAGCCGUCCGCGUUAUUUUACAUUGUAUUCUACGCAAUAAUAAAACCUAACCGUAUGACGUUAUAAUAUACUAUAUGGUAGCUUUACGAUUAAGUCGCGAGAAUCGUUCAAAAAAAAAACCAAACGCCUCGUUAACCCCAUGACACCUCGCUAUACAUAAUAUACAACAUGUUUUUCGUACAUCUAUCCGUUUACUAUUUAAGUAUAACACAUUAACAGUCUUAACACUGCAAUGUGCACUGUGUACGCGCGAAUAAAAAUACGACUACGCACAGUAGCGUCAUGAUUUUUUAUUAUUAUUAUUAUUAUUGUCUAAGUUAUGUUUAUUCGUCCAUCUCAAGAGAACUCGAAGCCGAUGUACACGAACUAUUUACACGGGCGACUGUAGCCCGUACAUAACCUCCUAUAGGAAAAAAAAUUCUCAUGACGCAACUGUAAUCUGUAUAUUUUAUAUACGUAUAGGUACGGGAUAUGUUUUAUUAUUAUUAUAGUAAUGAUAUGAAUUACAUGAUUAUUAUUUGUAUAAUGUAAUGCUCAACUUAUGCAUUGGCAACAAAUAUGUUUAAUUUAUUACGCAUAAACAAUGUAUUUUUAAUAUGCUGUAUACGCAGUUUGCCUUACCGUAAUAGUCAAUAUUUUACGUAUGGACAGGUAUAUUUUACACGAUUUUUUUUUUUAAAAUUUAUGUGAUACUGUAAUAAUGAUCAAUUCAUUUAAUA